CGUUUGUCUGUUGUAAAUAAAGCUUUGGCAGAUCGCGUAGGUAAUCGUUCUGCAAGGAGCGUCACAUUACCCGUAGUAACACUACCUUUCUUUAAAAAAAAAAAAAAAGGAUAAUUUUGAACACACCACGAGUUGUCCUUACUUUUGUAUCUAUAUUAAAUAUUUUGGGUAACGAGUGAACCCCUGAAAACAUGGCAGAGAGUGACUGGGAUACCGUGACUGUGCUGAGGAAGAAGGGGCCGACUGCUGCCCAGUCCAAAUCCAAGCAGGCAAUCACUGCUGCUAUGAGACGCGGGCACGACGUUGAGACAUCCAAAAAAUGGUCUGCGGGGCAGAACAAACAGCAUCUUGUGACGAAGAACACAUCCAAACUGGACCGCGAGACAGAAGAGCUGCACCACGACAGGGUUCCCCUGGAGGUGGGAAAGUACAUUCAGCAAGGCAGACAGGAGAAAGGUCUGACCCAGAAAGACCUGGCCACUAAAAUUAAUGAGAAGCCUCAGGUCAUCGCAGACUACGAGUGUGGGAAAGCAAUUCCCAACAACCAGGUCCUGGGCAAGGUAGAGAGAGUAAUCGGGCUGAAACUGCGUGGGAGGGAUAUUGGCCUACCACUGGAGGAGAAACCCAAGAAGAAGUGAAAACAAAGCCUCGAAAUCAGCCCUCCCAAAUCCCACCUUUCCCUGUUUCUGAAACACAAACUCUUUCCCAACCCCACUUCCAAGAACCCUCAAAAACUCUCCCCCCUCCCUCCCUCCCUCUACCUGGGCUGAUCUCACCUGUGUCCUGCCUGAGGACCUGGUGCGCCACUGCAUUACAGGCUGCAUACCGAAACAGUUUCUUGACCACAUAAUCAAAUGAUUGAUUGAACGUCACACACUCGAAGUUCUGUGAAUCUUCUUUUCACCUAAGUCUGCUUUGGCAUGAUCGAUUCAACUUUUUGAUAGUAACGUAAACUCAUUUAAAAAGUAGAAUUAUUUUUCAUGACCAAACAAACUAGUUUGACUCAUGUUAAUUCUGAGCAUGAUGUUAAGCCAAAAGUGCUUGAUUGCAUCUUUUUUUUUUCACACACUUGAGACAGUGAGUGGAUGUCAUAACAGUGUUGAAAUGUUUUUAAUACUGUGCUUCGCUUUGAUCUAAAAAAUAAAGUUUGGCAGGUC